AUAUUAAGGCCGCAAAAGCAUUUGAUGCAGCUUGAAUCGUUAAUCUUGUUCCACGUGGAUAAACCCCAGCCGUCGAUAUACCAUACGGUUCUUGGACGACGAGACGACCAUGUUCGCCUUCGUUUCGGUCGAGGCGAUGAUCGGAGAUGAGCGAUUCAAUCGUCACCGUCGGCUUAUCAUUUCGACGAUCCUAGCCCUCCACGUGGCAGUUCUCCUUUCGAGAGCCCACGCGCAGCCCAUGUCGCCGAGCUCGUUGCAGCAGAAUCCUCAUCCUUCGAAGGCCAUUGUCUUCGCCGUCCUCCUCAGCCUCUUCUUCUUCAUCGGAUUUCUCUCCGUCUACCUCCGCAACUGCUCUGGGUCCGAUACCACAUCCGCCGGAUGGGGUAGCCGCCGCUCCGGCGCCUGUUCGCGGUGGAGCGGCCUGGACGACUGCGUCGUGGAGACCUUCCCAGUCUUCGCGUACUCCUCCGUCAAGGACUGUAAGAUCGGAUCCGGCGCGCUCGAAUGCGCCGUCUGCCUCAGCGAGUUCAAGGAGAACCAGAUGCUUCGGCUGAUCCCGAGGUGCAAUCACGUCUUCCACAUCGAUUGCAUCGACCCUUGGUUGCAAUCUCACGACACUUGCCCUGUUUGCCGAGCCAAACUCGCGCCGUAUUCCGGCGAGGAUGAGCCCCCAAUAACCGAGUCGGUCGGCGCCGAGUCAACCGACCCGGAGAACUCGGAGACCAAUCGGGUGAGAGAUCACAUCGCGAUCGACAUCGAGGGUGAUCGAGCCAGAGAUGCGGUGACGAUCGAUGCCGUGAUGAGAAACGACCGCCGGCAGUUGGGAUCAGGAAUCGCAAGGAAGUUCCCGCGGUCGAACUCCACGGGUCACUCACUAGGACAACUCAGGGGCACCACGGAGAGGUAUACUCUGCGGUUGCCGGAGGACGUGAGGAAGCGGAUAAUGGCAGCAGGGGGCGGCAGGAGACUGAAGCGAACGAGGAGCUACGACGGCGGCGGCGGAAGGAAGUACGAGGAGAGGUUGCCGGAGCGGCGGGGAAGAGAGCGGCAGCAGCAGAGGGAGAGGUUAUCGAGCCGGGUCGGGUGA